AUGAUGGAUCCAACUGUGAUUAUCAUCUUACUUCUCUACAAGACAUAUUCUGCUCAAGCAGUGAGAAAUUCUGAGCCGUUGGUCGUCUCAGCAGCGCCUGGUGAAACGGUCACUCUCAACUGCCCAUCUGUAGGUGACUCAGAUGCAGAUGUUAGGAUGUGGUAUAAACAAAGACUGGAGCAUGCGCCACUGGAAGUGGGAUCAAAGUUUAAAACUAAGGAUUCAAUAAUUUCAGCUCCUUUUGACAAAUCAAGAUUUAAAAUAGAAAGAACAGCUCAAAACGUUUCUCUCAGUAUUGAACGUGUCACUAAAGGAGAUGAAGGAAUGUACUUCUGUGCAGCGGCUGGAGAGAAAACGAUGAACUUUUCUACUGCUACAUUCUUAGCGGUCACAGAAGCUUCUGCAGGUCCUGUAAUGCUGACUCUGGCAGUUUUCUCAGCAGUGUGUGUGGCUGUAAUCUGCGCUCAAACCAUUUUAAUCCAUAAACUGAGAAAAUCUGAACACGGCGCUGGUGAGAAAGCUCAGCAGGGGGCUGUGAAUGAGAGGACCACCAGACAGGAGCAGAACACUGAGAACCUGCAUUACGCUGCCAUCCACAUCAAAGAGAAGAAAGCCAAAGGUGGGAGAGUGAAGAGAGAACAGCCUGAAGACGUUAUUUACUCUCACGUGAGAAGCUCCAAAGCUGCUGCUCAGCGCUCACAUCGCUAGUUUCCUAAGAUGGUCAUGAGUGAAUAUUUGAACUUUUCCAAACCUCAAAUGAGCUCCAGUCUUUAAUCUGUCACUGUUUAUUUCUUGUUAGUGAUUGUUCUGUUGACUGAAAGUUUCGGUUCUCUGAAGGACAACGUGAGAACUCAGCUUUAGAGCGUGUGGUCACUGUGAUCACACAGACUGAUGUUGUCUGAUAUUCAGCUCUAUUCAUAGAAGUG